UCCUCGGCUCUCUGUUCAUUGGUAGCCUGAGACGUCCGUCACUGGGAGACAACUCGGGGGCCUUUCCCUAUCCGCGUUGCCAGUCGGAAGUGGAAAUGAUUCCCUCGUACUCCAUUGGACCGUCGCGCCGUCAGUCGAGCUGCCGAAGUGCUCGCAGCGCUCCCCGGCUCUCGGAGGUCUGAGAGCGCCGUCAUAUUGGCUGCUAGUGCUAGCUCGGCGGAGAAGAAACCGCCUGCUCCCGUGAAGAAUGGGAGUUAGUUGCUUGAAUUUUAUUCGGCCUUUUAAAUGAUUUGAACUGGAACCAUACCAUGCUUUGAAGAACUCGGGAUGACACCUUCUGGUAUCGUCGGAACUUCUGCGCUUUCGUCGACACGGUGGCCAAGCCUAAAGGAUACAUGCCUGCUUCCUUUCAAUAGCCCUUUUUUUGCAGACAAAGAGGGCUGUUGAAUAGGGCUCUCAAAACGGCACAAGGGUCCCCAGGGCUCUUGUUGAAAACAAAUACGGCAAUAUGUGGAGCAACCUGAAAAGCAAAUGCCAAACUUUCUUUCACAACAGCUCGGGAUCUACUGAAGGCAGGAGUGAGGAAGAUGCCGUCCACUGUGUACUGGAUCUCAGCCAUGGGAGUGCGUCAGGUGCGACUCAAGCAUCUGAAUUCUCCAGUUCAUCAAGUAGCCUCCUUCCAGUACCAAUGGUAACAGUAGGACGUCGUCAUCACAACUGUGUCUCAGACACACCUCAGAUAGUAGAGAUCACUAUCGAUAAAGAAUCAGAGGAUGUAGGUGCGGGACUAGGGGUUGUCCCUUUGGCUCGCAGAGACUCUUAUUCACGUCAUGCUCCUUGGGGGGGCAAGAAAAAACACUCGUGUUCCACAAAAACUCAGAGUUCAUUAGAGGUUGAUAGGCGGUCCGGGCGCUUGCGAGGAAGUGGAAACCGCAGAGACAGACGUUGUGGAGCUUGUUCUAUUCAGGAGAUGAGCGACUCUUUGUCUGGAGGACGCAGUUUGAAUGGUCGAUCAUUACGCCAGCGACUCAGUGACACUGUAGGCCUUUGCUUACCACUACCUGCGCACAGGCGCUCUUCUAAGAACGCUGUUAAUUCCAAACGGAAAAUUCACCUGACUGAGCUUAUGCUGGAGACCUGCCCCUUCCCACCUGGUUCAGACCUUGCCCACAAGUGGCACUUAAUCAAGCAACACACAGCACCAGUCAGUCCACAUUCCUCCACAGCUCUGUUGGAAUCCUUUGAUUCAGUGCACCCCUCUCCUGAGGAUGAGGAAGAACGUCUGCGUGAACGCCGUAGACUUAGCAUCGAGGAAGGUGUGGACCCACCACCUAAUGCACAGAUCCACACCCUUGAGGCUUCUGUGCCAGGCUCGUCUGUGUACAAACUGGGACCAAAGAUGGCUCCUGGCAUCGGGGAAGCCUCUGGUGAGGGCCGAGCUUCAGGAACUGGUAGCUCUCUGGGAGCCUCAACAUCGGGGGCUUGUGGGCAGGUGUCAGGGGCUACAGCUUCAGCUCAGGACACUGAUUCCGAGGAGGACUCAACAACCCUCUGUCUACAAGCCAGAAGACCAAAACAAAGGCAUGCCUCCGGGGAAGGUCACCUGAGCAGACAGCAGCCCGGGUCCUGGAAGGUUCACACCCAAAUAGACUACAUCCACUGUCUGGUGCCAGAUUUAUUGCAGAUCACAGCCCUGCCCUGCUACUGGGGUGUAAUGGACCGCUACGAAGCCGAGUCACUUUUGGAUGGGCGUCCUGAGGGCACUUUCCUGCUACGUGACUCCGCUCAGGAGGACUACCUUUUCUCUGUCAGCUUCCGCCGUUACAACCGCUCACUGCAUGCCCGCAUUGAGCAGUGGAACCACAACUUCAGUUUUGACGCACACGAUCCUUGUGUUUUUCACUCUUCCACUGUCACAGGACUGCUGGAGCACUACAAGGAUCCAAGCGCCUGUAUGUUUUUUGAACCUUUGCUUACAGCGCCUCUCCAUCGGACCUUUCCCUUUAGUCUGCAGCACUUUGCACGAGCUGCCAUCUGCCGCUGGACCACUUACGAUGGGAUAGGCUCUCUGCCGCUGCCCCCCGCCUUGCAGGACUUUCUCAAGGAGUAUCACUAUAAACAGAAAGUACGAGUCCGCUGGCUGGAACGGGAGCCACCGCUAAAGGUCAAAUAAGGUUCUCUGUCCAAAGCCUAUAAAAACUAUGGAGGAAGAUUACAGAACGUGAUGAAUGGCUCAUUAAAACCUGUACUGACGGACGUACUGAUUUCAUCUUUCCACGGGAGGUCGGAAUUCUAAUGUAACAACAUAUACAAGAUUCAUUCUAAUCUUUAUUUUAGUUAUUACUUACUGAAAAGCAUAUAAUUAUAUUCUGUGUAGUGCUGCGUGGCAAGCACAAAUUAAUGAAUUCAGUGAUAUAUAAAAAUGAAUAUAUACACUAUAUAAAUAUUUUAGAUGAGGGCUGGGAGGAGUGGCACAAAUCUCAAAUGUUUUGUGUUAUUUACCCCGUGCUUUGCCCUAAACGUCUGCCUGAUCCCAAAACAUCACCCUGCCUGUAGACCUGCAUGCAUGCCUCCCUCUCCAUCCCAAUCAGUUCAAAUAGCUAGUUAAACCCACAUACUGUAGCUACUUUGUACAGGUCACUUUUAAUGCACUCAAUUGUUAUUCUUGUCAAAACACAUCGGGGAGCACCUUUCCAAGAGGGUUUUAAGGUGCAUUGUUGUGAACGCAUCAGGAAGUCCUACUGGUGUAUUGCAGUCCAAGCUUGUCUCAUGGAUAAAGCUACAUAAGCCACAUUCUUUGCCACCUCUUUGCACAUGAGCAUUAGCUAAACUAGAGACAGGGAAGGAUUCUGUGAGGGUCCACAGAGUUCAGUAGAUCAGGGAAAUUGUGCUUUUAAAAGAUUAUAGAUUGAACACAUGUUUCUCCAAAAACAGUGAUGGUGAAUGAUAAAUAAUAAACCAGCUUAUUGUGUCCUACAUUGUAAGGCAAACUUGUCAA